AUGAAAUCAGCUCCACUGGUGAUGUUCAGCGUUAUUUCUGGUUUGGCAAUCAGUGCUACUGCAGAAAGUGUGUCAGUCUCAUCAAUUUUAGCCACAGACAUGCCAGCCUAUACGACACAACAGUCGACUGAAUCUACAAAACGUGCUACAGCUCAGCCGUUGAAUGUUGACGCAGCUGUUGAUUCAAAUGUAAUGUUUACAUCUCCACUUGUUCUCGCUGCUCUAAGGAGAGUCACUGAUAAAGACCCAAAUACACUUCGUAAAGAAUUUCUUGUGCUGCUGAUGGAUUUGCUUCAGGAUUCACCAAGCUUUUCUUGUGUAGAUACACACCCUGAGUCGUAUAUGGGCCACUCUCGCCUCUACCUGCGAUGGAAGAGGUUGUUUGCAUCAAGGACUAAUGGCAUAGAUCCAGCAAUGAUGGCUGCACUAUUAGCAUCUCAAACUGCUGGUGUAGAUUUUGGUAGAUACAUGAUAGCAAUGAGAAACUAUGCAACAUCCCAAAAAAACUGGGCAGAAACCGCACAAAAAUCCAUCAAGUCAUUGCAUGUCUGUCGACAAAACAAAGGAUAUAAAGAGUGCCAGAGUUGGUUUAUUUCUGUUUUGGCAGACAUUGUAGCCGCUUGCUUGAUGCUGGACAAAGCCAUCACUGUAGCCAUCUUGCUUGUCGAGAAACACAAAAAUAUAGAUAGGGUGUUGAAGGAUCUGGCUUCUGCAAGAUACACAUUUAAAAGACUUGUUUGUGCAGCAAUUGAAACCUUAGAACAUAGGCUGCAUGCAUUUCUCCAAGCAGUAAUUGCUGAUAUGCGAGUUUUUACAGAUCUUGGCACGCAAAUCGAGGAGUUUGAUAAUGCCAUGCAACGUCAAGAAGCCAAUGUUCGCUUGUUGCUUGAAAGUAAAAAGUUUGUGCCAAGAUCCAAGUUUAAACGGUUUUAUUCAAAUACCAUGAGCAGGUUUAAAGGCAUUUUUUCUAGAGUUCAGUCCCGUGUAUAA